CCAUCCGAUUAUCAAAUGCCCUCCCUACCGUCCAAAAUAACAUCUCAAAACGCCACCCACCCUUCAAGCCAGCUGGACCCACCCAACCCCCUUAUAAAUCCCAAACACCCCAUCACCAUCUCCCUCACCAACUUCUCUGUUCCCAUUCCACCCCUCCAUAUUUACAAAAUGCCCAAACUACCCCUCACCACCCUCUUCUCCCUGCAUGGCUUCUUGCUGACACUCUUCGUAGUGGUCUCGGGCGAUUUCCCGUCCCAGAUCGACCUUUCGUGGGGCGGCGAUCGAGCCAAGAUAUCUGAAGACGGUCGCCUUCUCCAGCUGUCGCUCGAUGCCGUCUCCGGCGCCGGAUUUCAAUCCAAACAAGAGUUUCUAUACGGGAAGAUCGACAUGCAGAUCAAAGUCGUGCCGGGAAAUUCCGCCGGGACGGUCACCGCAUACUAUCUAGCUUCGAAGGGCCAGACUCAAGACGAGAUAGAUUUUGAGUUUCUGGGAAAUGUGAGUGGACAGCCUUACAUACUCCACACCAACGUCUAUACAAAAGGAAAGGGUGAAAGGGAGCAGCAGUUCUAUCUCUGGUUUGAUCCAAGGGAUGCCUUUCAUACUUACUCUGUUCUCUGGAAUCAGCAGCACAUACUCUUCUCUGUGGAUGGGACACCGAUCAGGGUCUUCAGGAACAAUGAAGCCUUGGGGGUCCCAUUCCCUAAAGACCAGCCAAUGCAACUCUAUUCAAGCCUUUGGAAUGCAGAUCAGUGGGCCACACGUGGUGGCCUGAUCAAGAUCGAUUGGACCCAGGCGCCGUUCAUCGCUUCUUACCGAAAUUUCAAUGCAGAUGCAUGCGUGUGGGCAGAUGGACGGUCGUCAUGCCCUGCUUCGAAGGGAAGAUGGUGGGACCAAGGACUGGAUAGCAAUGGAGCCCUGAAACUCAUGUGGGUCCAGCAGAAUUACAUGAUCUAUGACUACUGUAGUGAUUCCAAACGCUUCCCUCAGGGAUUUCCCCCAGAAUGCUCCAUUUCCAAUUAGGAUAUAGAUGAUGGCCCACCCACUUAUAGAAUAAAUUACAGGAGUGGGCUUGUUUAUGUAAAUGUUACAGAAAUGGUUUGUAAUGGUUUUUAUAGUUAA